CGCGAACGAACGUGUUGCGCGCGCGUCGAAUAAAUAAAGUAAUAAUAUUUUCUCGUUUGGCUCUGUCUCGCCGCGGGACUGUUACUUGAAGCCGACUUGUGGUUGGUCGGUAGAGAGAAAAAAGCAGAGAAUACGCAUCGCCGAGAUCGAAAAAAACCCCAGUUUGAAUCGAUGCGAAAACAGUUGCUUAAACCACAAAUACGAAGAAACAAUUUACAACAUUACUGUAGGCGUGCGUGUAACGGGCAGCAACAGUAAAUUUAAACGUAACCUCGUCGGUCCCUACAUAAUCGUCCCCCCUCCCCCUACAAACUGUCAUCAACCGCAUCGCUUCGCAUUGCGCAUUACGUUACGGCAACGGUUACGUCGUGCGUGCCUGCCUCUCGUCUUUCUGUGCGGUGGUGCGUGUGUGUGUGUGUGUGUGCGUAAGGUGUGGUAUAUAUAUAAAAUCGAUUGCAAUUGAACCAACGCCGCAGCGAGGCAGCAACGUGUGCCGUUAGGAUUUUUUCCAUUACUAACAUUUCUGCGCCGUGCUGGUUUUUUUUUUUUGUUGAAUCAAUCCACCAGCCCCCAACCCAACAGUUUUCUGCAACAUAUCAAAUUAUUGUUUGAAAUAUUUUUUUCCUGUGCCACCCGCUUAUCGGUGAUUGCGUGUGGGUGUGUGUGUGUUCGUGCGUGCGUUGAAAGGAAAAAGAGAAGCAGCAAGAACGUAAAGUACGCAAACUUUAUCGCUCUCUCUCCUAGUUUCGUUGCGGAUCGAAAAUGGAUAAGCCAACAACAAAAACCACAACGAACACGGCUCCGGCUGAUGCCCAGAAUGAGGCAACAGCAGCGGCAACACAGCCAAAUGCUGGGUGUGGCAGCAGCACCACCACCAAGAAAAGCAACAACAGUGGCACAACCACAACUAACGGCACCAGCAGCAGCAGCAACUGUAAUGGGAAUAGGAGUCACAGCAACGGCGUCGCCUUGCAGCGUUUAUCAUCAUCGACUACAACAACAAGUGUAAAUGGAAACGCCACAAGCAGCGGCAACGGAAGUGGCAGUGGCAUGCUGAUUAACCUCAAUAUCAGCACCACCACCGGCGGCAACUUUGCCGUCAGCGUGGAACCCCACAUCAACGUGGAGAGCCUCAAGAAGAUAAUCGCCAAAAAGCUGAAGGUGGCAAAGGAUCGCAUAUGUCUGCUGCAUCGUGAAAAAGAACUACAGGAUGGCACACUCAAAGAUCACAACUUAAUGGAUGGUUCCAAGAUCAUUUUAAUACCAAAUGUCGAGACAGGUUUAUUGGCCCAGCGUCCGGAGAACACUGUGAUGCAGGCCCUAGAAUCGCUCAACGAAUCGCAGGUCAAUGACUUCCUCAGCGGCAAGACUCCGCUCAAUCUGAGCAUGCGCCUGGGCGACCACAUGAUGCUUAUCCAACUCCAGCUGAGCACAGUCAAUCCGAGUGCCGCCACUGUGGUCUCCGCCUCGGGCGGUGGUGGCUCCGUCUCUGCUGCUUCCGCUGCUUCCGGUGGCAGCUCCUCGUCCACCAGCUCCAGUUCCAGUUCCAACGCGGCGACUUCUGCAGCCGCCGCCUCGACAUCCCUUUCGAAGGCCGGAGGCGGCUCCUCUUCCGCCGCCGGGUCACAAGCAGUGUUUGUGGGGGGCGUUGGCUCCUCGAACAGUAGUUCAUCAUCGCACACCCGUGCUCGCCCCUCCGGCCAGCGCCUGGGAAAGAUCGGCCAUGGCCACGUGCACAGCCAUCAGCAUCCGAGCCUGCAUCACGGCUCCUGGCACGGCCACGGGCAUGGCCAUGGCCAUGGGCAUCACCAUCAUCAUCACCACCACCAUCACCACCAUCACCAUCACAACGCAUCGGCGGUGGCCGCCGGCACCAGCGGGGGCAUGUCCUCGCUUCGCAAGAUGUUCGUUGAACUACCCAGCUCCAGCCCCAGUGCAGGAUCGAGUGCUGCCACUGGACAGGGUCAGAGUCAGGGUCAGGGCCUCAUCAAUGCACCCGAUCUGAGCAAAUUGCUGAUCAAGGGCGGCAUCCAAAACAUUGUCAAGAGCUUUGCCCUCAAGGAGACUACGCGCACGACAGUCAAUGGAUCCGCUGCAGGUGCCGCUACCGGCAAGAACCUGCUGGAGCAGUCGCCCAUCAAAUCGCUCUCGAAUCUCGUGUCGAGCCCCAUCAAGAUGACGGCCAUCAAGAACAUUCCCUCGGGCUCGAGUUCGAGUUCGAGCUGCAGCUGCAGCUCCAUCGCGUCCCCGGCCACGGCGCCAGCCUCCACAUCAUCGCCCAGCUCCGUCUCCGCAUCUUCAGGACCAUCGGGUGGCGGGGUCUGCAGCAGCAAUAGCUGUCAACAGGAUCCGAUAGCCGCCAAGCUGACGUCGUGCCUCUGCACGCGUCUGGCCACGCCGCCAGUUGCCCCUGCAUCCGCCACUGCUGCUGCCACUGCCCCAAUGUUACCCAGAUCCAACAAAUGCCCCGACAGUUGCAUUGGCUUCGCUGCGUCCCGCUCCUCGGCCACGUCGAACGGCAGUAGCAGCAGCAGCGGCAGCCUCGGAGUCACCUUCUCUGGUAACUCGAUGAUGCACAAGACGGGCAACAACCGCAUCGCGCGCUCCAAGCACCGCCACUUCCAUAGCCACAGCAGCCAGAAUCAGUUCUACCAGCAGGCGUGUGUAAAUGCCGCCUCCUUCUCCGCCUCAGGAUCGGGAUCAGGAUCGGCAUCGGGAUCGGGAUCUGCCUCGCGCCGCAAGCAGGAGCAGGCUGGUGCAGCAGCACCCACAGCUUCCACAGCAACAGCCCCCCAGGCCACCGUUUCAGCCUCCUCAGACCCGGAUGAGGCAUCACUGGGUGUGUCCGACACCCGGACACUGGCCGAGGCAUCGCGCAAUCUCACCCAGACGCUGCGCAAGCUCUCCAAGGAGGUGUUCACCAACAAGAUCGAUCUGUCCGGUGCCAGUGUGAGCAGCUCCAGCAGCAGCAGUGGUGGCGGCUCCUCGGGGUCCGGCGGCAGUGGUGGCAGCCACGGGGCCGGUGGCUCUUCUGGGGGUGCAGGCGAUGAGGCGCCCAGGAAGGGCGGCUCUGGGGCCGUCAUUGAGUCGAUGAAGAACCAUGGGAAGGGCAUCUACUCCGGCACCUUCUCGGGCACCCUCAAUCCCGCACUGCAGGACCGCUACGGUCGCCCCAAGCGCGACAUCUCGACGGUAAUUCACAUUCUCAACGAUCUGCUGAGUGCCACGCCCCAGUACAGCCGCGGGGCGCGCAUCAGCUUCGAGGCACCCAGCGGCACGGGCGGUGGCUCCUCCUCCAGCGGAUCCGGUUCCUCGUCUGCAUCCACCUCCUCCUCUGCAGCAGCAGCAGGAGCUGCAGUCAGUGGACUGCACCACGGAUCCCGCGGUAAAAUUUACUCAUCGAAGCACCACAACUGCGUCAAGUGCAGUCGUGCCCACCAAUACACGGCCGUGUCGACAGCCUUGACUGGCGGCUAUUCGGCAUCGAAGGCAUCCGCCGCCGCAGCAGCAGCCGCCGCACUAUCCUCAGCCUCCACAUCGUCCAAGUCCGUGCACAGCUGCUGCCUUCUGGAGGGCAGCAAUGCCAGCGGCAGUUCAACGGCAGCAUCCAUUCACAGCAAUGGAAAUGGGAAUGGCUGCAGCUGCCGCUAUCGCCUUGUGGCCGGUGGGGAGGAGCGCGAACGCGAGAAGGAGCACACGUGCCAGAAGUGCACCCAGGAGCUGGACAACCUCAAGACCAAGUCGAAGAUGGACCAGCUGCGCCUGGUCAUGCAGCAGCACAAGCAGAAGCGGGAGGCGCGCAAACUCAAGAGCGGACCCUAUGCGGUCAAUGUCAGCAAUGCGGCUGCGGGGUCCAGUGCAGGCGCUGAGGCUGCGUCCGUGGGCGCUGGCGCCCAGUACAGUGCAGUGAGCGCCCUGGUGGCCACCGCUGCCCAGGGAACUGUCGGAACAGCAGGAGGAACUGCAGCCGGAGGCGCAGCAACAGCAGCAGGUGUUGGUGGAACAACCACAACAACAACAACAACAACCACCGCCACAGCCACAGCAGCAUCGGGGGCCAGCAGCGAGGUGCCGCCCAAUCACAUUGUGGAGGAGGUGGACACGGCUGCCUAAGCAACCUCCCAACCUCAACCUUGUCCUAUUUGUUUAGCAUUUACUAGUUUAUGCUUGAAGUUUGUUCCACAAGCAACACAACACACAAUCCACAUGAAAACCGAUGAAAAAUAAGUAAACAAAAAACAUAAAGAAGAAAGGGAAAAGUAACAGACUAGAAGAGAAGAGAAGAGAAAAACUUAAGCUUAUAAUCAUUUAAAUAUGAAUUUAGUGUAUAACCAACCGAUCCUUGUCCUUGUGGAUGCUAUGAUGCUAUGCUAUGACAUGCAAUCCACCAUCCACCCGUUGCUCUUCCAUGUGGAGCCCUUCAACCACACUGGGACGGUGGGGAGAGAGGAUUGGAGCUGUUAAAUUAAUUGUAAGAAGUGUAAUUGAGAAACACAAAAUCCGAAACAGAAACACAACCACAAGAUGAGAAUACUUUAGAAGCCACUCCUCUCCAGGGAGAAUCCAGGGAGAAUCGAGCAGCUCGUAUACUAAAUCAUAUAUGUAAAUGGAAUUUAGUUAAAUUUGUUUGUUCUAUCUGAGGGAAAACCUUUUGAGAAACGCCGCUCUACACUCUAGUAAAGAUGGAGUGAGAGAAGAGGGAGGAAGAAUCUAAAAUGUUAAAAUCUGAAAACCAGAGAAAUGUAAUGAAAAAAUGGAACGCACCUAAUAUUACAUACCUACAUAUACAUAUAUAUAUACAUAAUAGUUAUUAAAGUAACCGAAAGGAAGGAGAAAUUCAAAAGUGAAAUUCAGAAAUAAUUUGAUAAAUAAUAGGAUAUAUCCACAUAAUGCAAACACGAAGCACGUGGCAGCAGGAGGAAUUUUGGUAGGGCUACAACAACCCCAACAAAAAACAAAGAACCAGAAACUAGAAUUUACUUUAAGGACACACGCACACACACACACACACACACACAUGGCUUUGGCAGCUUUAUAUUCAAUAUUAUGUUAAAACUUAAACACGAGAGAACGAGGAUCGAUCGCUUUAACCUGAUUUGCCUUAAUAGAAAAUCGUUUUUUUUUUCCCCGCCUUAUUCUAUAUAUAUAUUUUUUUUUUUGUUUGUUUCUGGAUCACGAAGAUCACGGACAUUAAGUGUUUAAAUCGAAAACGGAAAAUCGGAUGGAAUGAGGUGGGUGGGGCGCUGGAUAAUGAAUUAUUCUGCCCAACCCAUCCACCCAUUUAAACAUCAUCCACAACACACACACGACACACUAUUACUAUUGAAUUAGUUAGUAAGAACCUACCUAUGUUUUUCUAUUCUAUUAAUUUUACCUUUGAGAGCACACAACCCUAAUGCUAUAUAUAUAAUCUGUAAUCUUUGAUAUAUUGUCUAUAAUGGCGAUUCAUUGUCGAUUGCAAGUGUAUCGUAGUUUAGUUUGCAACAAUUUUCGGUUGCAGUUGCAGUUACAGAUGGAUGCAACGGACUUAUCAGUUAAUCACUUUGGAACAUACACAUACUAUAUACAUAUUAUUGGAUGCGUACCCUAAUUACUUCUUUUUUUUUUGUUUGUUGUUCAACACUUACACUCGUACUCUUACCCGAUUUCAUCCCAUGCAGAUGAAUAAUGCAAUUAGUUAUAAGGCAAGUUUAAUUCUUGAUUUUCGAUUGGAGUACCGAUUCGAUUUGAUUCGUUUUUGGGCCCCCUCCACCCGAGUGCACCCACCACUGCAGCAAAAACAACUACAACAAGAACAAG